AUGGAUUAAAAUUCUAAUUAUUUUUUCAAUUCUGCUUAAAAAGAAGAAACAGAAUUUUGGAAUAGAAAUUUUCAUAUUUUACUAAAUAAUCAUGAAAAUUUUGAUAUCUAAAAUGAUAAUUGUACUAGUUUUAAUAAGAGAAGUAAGAUUCUAAAAAAAUGGAUACCUCGACUUUAUUCUGUUCAAGGCAAUUAUUUAUUGUAUGGUGAUAGAGUAAACUUAUAUCAUUAUUAAGAAUCUCAAAGGUUUUAGAAAAUUAGAUUGUGUAUACUUAUUAUCUGGUCUAGUUGAAGGACCAUAUAAAUAUCAAUUAUAGUUGAUUUAUUGUGGAUAUGUUUUAGAAUUAUACACUGAUCAAAAGAAAGAUUACGACAGUUUUAAAGAAAUUCUAUAAUCUCAUUGUAUACUAACUGAUUUUCAUACUUAAUAUACAUUAUUAAGAUAAAUUGGAUUUGGAUCCAGUGCUUAAGUAAUAAUAUAUAUUUGAAUCUAGGUCUAUAUUGCUAGGAGUAACUACAAUCAAUAACUCUAUGCCAUUAAAAGAGUUCAAAAAAAUUAUUCAGUCAAACAAAAAAAAUAUGAGUAAGAAUAAGCUUUGCAUAAUGAAAUUCAAAUAAUGAAAGAACUUAAUCAUCCAAAUAUCAUUUCUUUCUAUUCAGUAUUUGAAACAAAUAGUACUUAUAAUUUUCUAUGUUUAAAGAACAUAUAAAUAUUGUUUUAGAAUUAAUACAAGGAGGAGAACUACUCAAAUAAGGAUAAUAUAAAAGUAUUAGAGAUGCAAGAAUUGUUGCUAAGUAAUUAGCUUUAUGUCUGGAUUAUAUGCAUUAGAAAGGUAUUAUGCAUAGAGAUUUGAAACCAUAAAAUAUCUUAUGUAAAUCUAAUUCUCUUGAUGUUUUAAUUGCUGAUUUUGGUUUGGCUACUUAUAUUAAAGCAUAAAAAUAAUAAUAUUAUCGUUGUGGAACUACUGGUUAUGUUGCUCCAGAAAUAUUAAUGUAUAAAGAAGGUUCUAAGAUGUACAAUGAGAAAUGUGAUAUCUUUAGUCUAGGAGUCAUCUUCUAUUAAUUGUAUCUAUUCAAAUUUAUAAGAAUUUUCAAUACUCAUCCCUUUAAAGAUAGUACUAAAGCUGGAAUGUUAAAGAGAAACUUAGCUGCUGAUUAUAAAUUAGAUGAUCAAACUAAAGUUCCUCCAAGUUGUAAGGAUCUUAUUGCUUCUAUGUUGAGAUUGAAUCCAAAAUAAAGACCUUCUGCAUCUUAAAUCUUAAGACAUGAUUUCUUUAAUGAAGCAUUAAAUGAAUUAUCUUAUCCAAGUUUGAUUGGAUCUUUUCAAGAGUAAUUCAUAUUAUUAUAAUUAGUAUAAGUGAUCAUAAGAAAUCAGGUCAGUCUUUUAAUUCUUAAAUAGGGGAAUUGAAAUUAUCUACUUUCCAAAAGAAUGGGUAAGUGUCUAUUUUCGAAAAAAUGCCACUAAAUAUUAAAUCUGCAAAUUAGAGUAUGGAAUUCAAGGAAUUAUCACCUCUAUGGAAUAAGAAAAUUACACUUUAAUAACCACUUACAUAACCUAGAUCUAAAGCUUAAUCUAUGUAUUCGAAUAAAAACCUAGAUAAUAAUAGAGGUUAAAAAGUAUCUAUAUUUCGACAACAAUCCAAAAAUUCAGAAAAUGAUAUUGAUUAUCAUUAAUUUCCCUAUUAAACCAUAAUCAAUAGAUGUACUAUUAAAAACAAAUGA